GUGUAAAGACUCAAGAUGCCUGAUAGUGCAAUGGAAGAGGAUCUUUUGGGUCCAGAAUGGUUGUUCGGGGAGUUGAGAUCACAGGAUGGUUCCAACAAACUUCUUAUUCUGGACUGUAGAGCACACUCGGACUUCUCUGAUGCUCAUAUAAGAGGUUCGGUACCUCUGACUAUACCCAGUAUCAUGUUGCGAAGAUUGGCUGCUGGUAAAGUGGACCUCUUGUCCACAAUACGGUGCUUAGAUCUGAGAAACAGAGUGGAGAUGUUUCUGUGUGGAGAUGAAAACAGAAGAGGGACAUUUGUACUAAUCGGUGACACUACAGAUUCUGGAGGUCAUCAGGGUGAAACAUUACAAGUUUUGACCCGGAGACUUAAAAGCAGUGGAGGAAACGUUGCCUCUUUAAUCGGUGGUUUUGAAGCAUUUAAAGAUAAAUAUCCAGAGUGGUGCGAAGGUAGUCAAGCCACUAAUGAAUGUGAUCCAGGUCAGGACAAUAACGAUGGUGAAUUAAUGGGCCUUAGAUCCCUUCGGAUAUCCACUCCACCAACCAGGUCUUACUCAGAUUCUGACAGUGACAGCACAUGUGAUUCAAUUGGUCCGGAAGAAGAUAAAGACUUUCCGGUGGAAAUAUUACCUCAUUUGUAUCUCGGUAACGCGGCCAAUAGUGAAGAUCGCGAGGCUUUAGCGCGGCACAGGAUACAGUACAUACUCAAUGUGACACCGGAUUUGCCAAAUGUGUUUGAAAGCGGCGGUUCAAUAAAGUACAUGCAGAUACCGAUAAGCGAUCACUGGAGUCAGAACUUGGCUAGUUUCUUCCCACAGGCGAUUCAGUUUAUAGAGGAGGCUCGGAAUUCAGAUAAGGGAGUGCUGGUACAUUGUUUGGCCGGAGUUUCUCGGUCUGUCACGAUCACCGUGGCUUAUCUUAUGCACAAGUGCAGCCUCAGUCUGAAUGAUGCUUUCAACCUAGUACGUAGUAGAAAGUCCAAUGUUGCACCGAAUUUUCACUUUAUGGAACAGUUACACAGCUUCGAGCAAGAAUUGAGGGACCGAGGGGGAGAAAACAAGAAUAAUGACCAAAGGUGCAUCGGGGCAUGCCGACCCAAUGGGCCCUGCAAUUGUCCAGCGCCCAGUUUCCUGAGUCCCAUUGAUCUGGGACUCAGUCCCGACUCAGGAAUCGAGUUUGACAGAUGGGCGGCAAGUACACCGGCCGAAUGAAACGAACUUGGGGGUACCCAAUACAAAUUUUAGGUCUCCGUCACGUAUUAUCAGGGAAAUCCUGAUCGAACGUUAUGAUAACGCGCUUUAUCAUUUUUGAUAUGUGAGACGCAUUAAAGUCCGCCCUUCGCGGUAUCUCCAGAUGAAAUGGGAUAUUAGUCGCGUUCGGCGAGCGCUGAGACGUAGCUGUUAGAGGCAUCCGAAGUUAGUUAUCGCGCCGAUAUCUCGUGAUUUCUCGAUUUUUGCCUUUCGAGCCUCUCAUUCCUAGCGUAACUAUUGUGGCUAUGUUUAUUAAAGAUACAUAAAGCAUUUGAAACUCUGAUUUUGAUUAUUUGAAUUUUAAAAUUAAAUUUUAAAAAGAUUAUAAUUUCUAAAGACACUCAUGCAAGUAGUGUCUUUAGUAUCGUACUAUUCAUGCAAUAUUCGACGUUAUAUACAAGAAAAUAAACUUGUCUAAAUUCAGAAAUAAUUGAGGAAUGAGAGGAUUAAAAAGAAGGAAAAACAUGUAUCUCCAAUUAAAAAGAAAUUAUCUCUUUGUUAGAUGAUUAGCUUUUCAGUAUACGUGUUCAGUAAUAAUGCACUUUGAUAUAUUUCUGCAGACGAUGUCUGUUUAUCUUGAAAUUUUCAGUUACGAAGGUUGGACACGUCACGUUAUCAAAUCACGCUAGUACGAUGCAGUCGUGUUGUGACUUAGGGAAAGAGUAAACGAUUGAUACCUUUCUGCAAAAAAAAAAGCAAUGUUCAUAAUGUUUUUUCUGAAUUGUUGUAGCAGCAAAGGAUAUUGAAAGUAUUUUGUAAAUGAGAUUCCGUAAUUUCUCAUCGCGCAACAGUCGCGCAAUUGUAAUUCUACAUUCUGAUGUUAUGCUUCCAAGUUUUGAGAAACUUUUAGCAUAUAUAAUUGUAAACGGUAUGCGAGAUAUAUUGGAUUCAAGCACUGUAUACUCGCGAGGUAUAAAGUAACGCAUACCGCCGUACCUCAAGAGAAUUCUAGAACGUAUAUACGUAUACAUAUAUAUAUGUAUAUAUUCAUAUAUAUAUAUAUUUUAAUACUUCUUUCCCCAAAUCCUUCAAUUAUUGAGGCUGUGUUUAUUUUAUUGCAAGCGAUAUUUCAUGCGCGAAGUAAUCUCUAAACGACGAAGUUCCCACCAGGCAAUUAAAAGUAAAUAUCACUGCUUAGUAUACUAAGUUCUAUGGUACAAUUAAGGGGGAUCUUGUAUACACAGAGACAUUAUUUGAAGUUUCACGCGGGCACGAAAUGGAUUUCGAAUAAGACCGACGGUUUACUCGUGACAUUCGCGUAAGCUACAAAGAAAGCACAGAUAUUUUCUUUCGGAAACUGGUUUUUCCGAAAUCUGGAGGCCCAAGAAAAGGCCAAAGUUCCAGUCAAUCUGAUUCUUAAAUCCGCCACCGAGCUUCUACUCAACUGUGGUAGUUUAUGUAAAAAAUAAAACUCGAAAUUUGUAAUGAGUAAUUUUCGAUGUAGUUUUUCAACACACUAAGUAACUUACGUCGGAUAAUCGCCUCAAUGCAUUCUGACCUUCGAGACGCGCGAAAGGUAUAUGCACAUCGCCUCAGGUACAUAUGCCAGUAACUUAAGUUUAAGGGAGGACACAUCUUAGGAAUCAGUGCAUUUCUGUAGGGCAUUCCUAAUCUCUCCUGCUCAUGAGAAAACCAGGUUCGUCACCGGUUUUAACGGAGUUGGAAGAAUUUGCGUCCAAGUCACUCGAAAAUGAUAUAUGAAGGCGUUACUUUCAAAUUUUAUUCUUUCUUUAUUUGUAGUGCAAAGUUCUUAAGACAUUAUGAAAAUUUAAAAGAGAAUUUAAUUAAUGCGCUAUUUUGCCAGCACUAAAAACAUUUGUCAUAAAAGUUAUAGAUUGGACUUUUUUAAGAUCUUAUUUUUUUGUAAAAGUGCUUGUUAAUAUAUCUUUGUUUCAUUGUAUUAUAGCUCUUGAUGAGAUAAAGCUUUUAAUGUAAAAGCGCUGUAAUUCUUGGUGGAUCUUUUUUCAUUUUUUCAUUUUUGUUAGUUUAUUUC